AGGACCUCUGUCCAUUGUGUCUCCCUUCCAGCGUGGAGUCGCCUUGUCCCACCAAUCCGCGGCUUCUCCCCUGAGAUCGCUGGCCGCAUGGCAUGUUGUAAAGCAGAGGCGUAGUGAGGUGGACGUCUGUCUGUUGGACGCUGUCCUGAGGUCCUGAUGUUAGGGAAUCAAACAACCCUGGAGACCGCCUCUGAGAAGAGAGAGAGUGUGCUGCUUUGCUGAACUGGGAUUCCUCGCAAUAGGUUUGUCAACAUGGCGAAGGAGGAUAUUGUGGAGGAGGGUGAAGAGCCAGAGCUAUCCAUAGAGGUGGAAAAUGGCACUAUUCCCAUGAAUCAUAAAACUCAGGAGGUAGCUGUCGUGGACUGCAAAGGCACAGACGGAAAUGUACAAACGGAAGAAACUGCUCUGUUGCACAACUGUGCGAGGCAACUUCAGGAACCGCUGACAGAAUCAAAGCCUUCAAGGAAACUGAGGCGAAUAUUUGCUUGUCCUCCUCAAGGCCUUCUUGCCCGAACAGUAACAAAUGUUGCAACAGUAAUUCUUGUCUGGGCUGUGGUCUGGUCCAUCACAGGCAGUGAGUGUCUUCCAGGAGGGAAUGUAUUUGGAAUUUUGUUUCUCUUCUUUUUUGCUGUCAUUGGAGGUAAAAUUUUUGGGCUCAUUAAAAUACCAACACUGCCUCCUUUGCCUCCCCUUCUUGGGAUGUUGCUUGCUGGUUUUCUCAUCCGAAAUACCCCAUUCAUCAGUGACAUGGUCAAGAUAAAUACAAAUUGGUCUGCAGUGCUGAGAAAUAUUGCCCUUUCCAUUAUAUUGGUCCGAGCUGGGCUUGGCCUUGAUCCAAAGGCUCUGAAGAAGUUAAAGGCAGUCUGUUUAAGGCUUUCUUUCGGGCCCUGCCUCUCUGAGACAUGUGCAGCUGCUGUUUUUGCCCAUUUACUCAUGCAUUUGCCAUGGCAAUGGGGAUUUAUAUUAGGUUUUGUCCUAGGGGCUGUCUCUCCUGCUGUUGUGGUCCCUUCUAUGCUGAUCCUACAAGCAGGAGGGUAUGGGGUUGAAAAGGGUGUCCCGACCUUGCUAAUGGCAGCUGGCAGCAUUGAUGACAUCCUGGCCAUCACCGGCUUCAACACGUGUUUGGGCAUGGCCUUCUCCACAGGUUCCACGCUUUACAAUAUCCUCCGAGGGGUGCUGGAAGUUGCAGUUGGCAUAGCAGCUGGUGGGCUUCUAGGAGUUUUUAUUCAAUAUUUCCCAAGUAAUGAUCAGGCAUCACUCGUAUGGAGGAGAGCAUACUUUGUGUUGGGCCUGUCCAUAUUUGCUGUUUUCGGCAGCUUGUACUUUGGUUUCCCCGGAUCAGGAGGACUCUGCACGUUGGUCUUGGCCUUCAUUGCAGGCAUGGGUUGGUCCAGUGAAAAGAUGGCUGUGGAAGAAAUUGUUGCAGUUGCAUGGGACAUCUUUCAGCCCUUUCUUUUUGGUUUAAUUGGAGCAGAAAUAUCUGUUUUCUCUCUCAAGCCUGAAACUGUGGGGCUUUGUAUCGCCACACUGGGCAUUGCCUUAAUAGUACGCAUCACUGCUACAUUCCUGAUGGUGUCUUUUGCUGGCUUUAACUUCAAGGAGAAGAUAUUUGUCUCCUUGGCAUGGAUCCCCAAAGCCACUGUCCAGGCGGCGAUAGGUUCCCUUGCCUUAGAUACAGCUAGAGGGCAUCAGGAUGAACUGCUGGAAAAGUAUGGCAUGGAUGUGCUGACAGUGGCGUUCUUGGCAAUCCUGAUCACAGCUCCAAUAGGAGCGCUGGUUAUUGGCCUGGCAGGGCCCAGACUUCUGCAGAAGGCUCAACUAAGCAGUGAUGAAGAGGAGGAAGGUGUUCAAGGAAGAGAAGCAGAGAUCUCUGGGCCUGCAUAGGAAAGAAACAGUGGAUAGCAUACUGGUUUCACAACUGCUGCUACUAGUUACUUAGUAAAUGCAAUGUCUGUACUGUUCAGAUGGAAAUUGAAAUAGGUAACAAUCAGUUACUGGUCCCAUUAAGACAGUAGCCUCUGUGGAUAUGUCUACACUACCACCCUAGUUUGAACAAGGGUGGUUAAUGUAGUCAUA